GAGUUACCUCUCUUCAGGUCAGUGAUGAUUUCACAUCCUUGAGUUCCUUGCUUAAUUUGCUGAGAAAACUUCCAAUCCUGAAGCCAGUUUUCAGAGUUUGCCCCUUUCCAGGGCACCAGCCACAGCACAACCCUGGGACCCCAGGCUCUGCACUUCCCUGCUCUUGUCAGCUCUCGUUUGCUUUGCUUUGAGGGAAGUUUGGCAGGAGGCUCCUCUGCAAUCCCUCCUUCCAGCUGGAGCCUGUUGUAUCCCUGCCUCCACCCGAACAGGGAAGCCAGCAGCUCUCAGGAAAGAGUUAAGCCCAGCGAGGCUUUGGGCUCCUUUGCUGGGGAGAGGGUUGUGCUUUUGUUUGUUUUGAAGCUCUGGCAGGAAAGUGGGGAGGAGAAAAUUACCUAAGUGAUAGUGAGGCUGCCAUGAACUAUAUAAAACUGUGAAAUCAAAUCGGAGAAACUCCACCUCGCAGCCUCGAGCCGUAAGCACAACCCCUGAAGAGAAACCCACCCCACAAGCGAGUGAUCUCAAAGGCUUGAACUCAAACCAAGCCACAUGAGCUCAGAGCUGCAGCAGGACUGAAACCCCCCCAGCUGCCACGGCCAGAGCGGGAACUGCCAGCAGGAAUGCUGCUGCUCUUGGGAAGUUCAACAAUGCUGAAGUGGAGGCAGCUCUUCUGGAUUGCCAUCUGUGUCGUGGAGCUGUCUGGCAACUCUUCUGGGAGCUCCACAGACACCCCCACCCCAACGACCACUGAGCUGGAAGGCACCAGCAGCAGGACAGACACCGGAGCCACUGGAGCCCCCAGCAGUGCCCAGCCAACACCAGAGGUGUCUGGUAAUCACUCCUCUGACUCCUCUGGGACUCCUGAAGCAGCAGCCGGGUCCCUGGCAUCCAGCCCCACCUCCCCGGGGCUCAGCAGCGAGAGGACGAGCCCGCAGCCCAGCCGAGCCCCCCUGCAGCCUCUGGGCACCCCCUCGGAGCCAGACAACAGCAGCCAUGGGGUCUCCACAGCUGAGAGCCCAGUGACACAGCCCAGCACGAUGGCAGAAACCCUCAGGUCCACUCUGGCUCUGCUGAGCUCUCCUGCCAGCUCGGGGCAUCCUCCCGUCUCCGCUGCCACCGCGCCACUGUCGCCAGGCAGGGACAGCCCGAAGCCCAUCACGUGCCACAACAUCAAAGAAGUGAGUGACACCGGAGCCAUCUGCUUGCAGCUCAACGAGUCCAACACUUGCAAAGAUUUUUUGGAGGUGAAGGGACUGGAACUGUGGAGAGUGAUAUGUGAAGGGAGCAGCCACCCUGUUCCCUCCCCCUGCCAGAUCAAGCUGGCCAAAUCCGAGGUGGACCGUGACUGUAUGCUCCUCAUCCUCGUCGGGGAGAGAGAUCCUGCUACAGACAUGCUCCAGGAGACUCACUGGGAAAAGUUUGGAAUAAAAGCCCUUAAACGGGGGAGUGUGAGGAACCACCAGGACUUUUCUCAGAAGACCCUGAUUGCCUUGGUCACAUCUGGACUCCUGCUGGCAUUCCUGGGCCUGGCUGGAUAUUUCCUGAUGAAGCGGCGGAGCUGGAGCCCGGCGGGCGAGAGGCUGGCUGAAGACCCGUAUUACACGGAAAAUGGUAGCCAGGGAAACACGAUGUUGAUGAUGCCCCCCCAGGAGCAACCCGAGCUGCAGGAGAAGCCAAACCUCAAUGGUGGGACUCAGGAGAACGGUACUGGCCAAGCGUCCUCCAAGAACGGCCACUCAGCCCGGCAGCACAGCCCUGCUGACACCGAGAUGUGAACCAGGCCAGGAGCGUGUCCCCAGCACCAGCCAGGAGCAGAGACACCAGGGAGGUCAGGAGUUUUCUGUGGACAGUUUGGGAACUGCAGACCUUUUAUUUUUUUUUGAAUCAGUAUUUCUGUGAAGAACUUCAAAAAUCAGCCUAAAGCACAUGAAGCGGCAGAGCUGCCGAAGACCUGCUCUUCUGCCUCCUCCCACUGACCACACAAGACACUUUUUCACAGCUGUUCUCUGCUUUUGUUGUUAGAAGAACAUAAUGAGAAACACAAGUGCCCUUAGUCCCCAACAGCUUUUUAGCAGAGGCAGAACAAAGCUACAGAAGCCUCGAGCCAGACUCCAAACAGCCUGAUCUGUUGGUGCCUGUGCGUUAGGCUGAUUGAAAUAGUUAAAUUGGGAUUUCAGUGACAAAACCCUCUCAGGUUUCAGAUAAUUUUGGUUAACAGAGUUGUGUUUUAUCUCAUCUUUAUGUUUAAGUGCAGGAUUUCUUCCUCUUUUAAGAACAUCAGGCAUUUAAUCCUUCUUCUUGUGCUUUGUCUCCUUUAGUAUUUCCUACUCCAGCAGAAUUUGCUGAAGCUCUGUGUAAAACUUUCCAUGUGGAAUUGAAGGUUGAAACAUGGAUAGACCUCAAACUUGAUUCUUUUUCAAUCCUACCAGUAUGUAGGUAGUUGGUUUAGAGUAAAAAUCUUCUCCAGCCUGUGCCCAGGGUUGGACUUUAGGAAACUAAGAUGCCAAAGGGCUGCCAGUGGGAUGAGUGCUGGGCAGGAGCCUGGUUCCAUGACAGGGGUUCCUCUGCAGUGGGUACAGGAACAAAAAGAAGUAAUUUUCCUUUGGUUAGUGAAGGCCAACACCAAAAUCCCAACAACAGCAGCAGGUCCUACUUCGCUCAGCACUGGUCCUGCUCCCAAGGCUCCUGUGCCACCAGCCACAUCCCUGAGGAGCUCCAAGCAGCUCUGGGGGAGCAGGGACGGGUCUGAGCUCAGCCCCAAGUACCUGCAGCUCCUCCUUGAUGCUGCAAGAGCACGAGAGGCUGCAGUUCAGACCAGAACCUCUGCUGGCACCAGCAGCAACUCCCACAUCUGAAAUAAGGACAAAAACGGCCCUUGGAGCUGAUCUUCCCUCUCAAUAGUGAAUUUAUCAUGAGGGGAAGACUUCUUUUUUAUUUUGGUACAGUGCUUAAAGGAAUGACAGCAACGGCCAUCAUUGCCUGGGGCUGUUGCCAUGGGUGAAGAGUCAUGUAAACACAGUUUAAAAUGUUUCAGGUUUUGCUUGUUUUGGUGUGAGUUGCUUCUCCCAGAUCUCACUGUAAAUAAUCCCAGUUGAAAAAAAAAUAAAAUAAUAAUUAUUAAAAGUCA